AAAAAAAAAAUCUAGAAUAUAUGAUGCGAAGAUGACAAAAUAAAAGCCAAACGACGUCGUAUAGAGUGCAUCUCCACCAAACACCUUAUUUAUCCACGUUGAAUACGCUCCUUUGUCUUGGUCAUCUUCACAUGCGAUAACGCUUGUGACUUUCUAGAGAGAGAGCGAGUAAGAGAGAGAAAGCUUCACAGCUAUGGCGUCUGCUAGGGUUUCUACUGCAUUCAUCUUAAUUUCUGCUAUCUUAUUCUCCAUUGCAUCGUUCUCUUCUGCUACUGAGGCUGAGAAAGAACAUGUGCUGACUCUAGAUCACUCUAAUUUCUCAGAAAUCGUAUCGAAACACAAAUUCAUCGUCGUUGAGUUCUAUGCUCCCUGGUGCGGUCACUGUAAGAAUCUUGCUCCAGAGUACGAAAAGGCUGCAUCUGUGUUGGCAAGCCACGAUCCUCCUGUUGCUUUGGCAAAGGUUGAUGCCAACGCUGAGGAAAACAAAGGACUUGCCGAACAGUUUGAGAUUCAAGGUUUCCCCACAAUCAAGAUCUUGAAAAACGGAGGAGAAGUUGUUCAAGACUACAAAGGCCCUCGUGAAGCCGACGGAAUAAUUGAAUACCUAAAGAAACAAGUCGGUCCUGCAUCGUUUGAGAUCAAAACUCCAGAAGAUGCAGGUAGUCUUAUAGAUGACAAGAAGGUCUUUGUGGUAGGAAUUUUCCCCACAUUAUCCGGUGAAGAGUUUGAGAAUUUCACCGCUUUAGCCGACAAGUUGCGUUCGGACUACGACUUUGGCCACACUACAAAUGCCGAACUCCUUCCCCGUGGGGAAUCGUCAGUGACCACCCCAACCGUUAGGUUACUGAAGCCGUUUGAUGAACUAUUUGUCGAUUUCCAGAAAUUUGAUGUCGAUGCUUUGGAGAAGUUCAUUGUAGACUCCAGCAUUCCUCUUGUGACACUCUUCGACCAAAGCCCAACCAACCAACCAUUUCUAGUCAAAUACUUCGAAAGUCCCGAUGCAAAGGCUAUGUUGUUUCUGGAUUUCAGUCACGAGAAUAUUGACGGUUUCAAGUCGAAAUACACGGAAGUUGCUGGCUUAUACAAAGGAAAGGGAUUAAACUUUCUUCUGGGUGAUCUUAAAGCUAGUCAAGCUGCCUUGCAGUAUUUUGGACUUAAAGAGGACCAGUCACCUGUUCUUAUUGUACAAAACACCAAUGGUCUCAAGUUCAUCAACUCAAACGUUGAAGUCGAUCAAAUCGCUCCUUGGUUGAAGGACUACGUGGAUGGAAACGUGAAGCCAUUUAUAAAGUCAGAGCCGAUUCCAGAAACCAACGAUGAGCCUGUGAAGGUGGUGGUCGCCAACAGCCUUAAAGACAUGGUUUUGGACUCCAAAAAGAACAUUCUACUAGAGAUCUACGCACCGUGGUGUGGUCACUGCAAGAAACUGGCCCCAAUCUUGGAUGAAGUUGCCGUUUCCUUUGAAAAUGAUGCUGAUGUCAUGAUCGCAAAGUUUGAUGGAUCAAACAACGACAUUCCAAGCGAGACAUUUGAAGUUCAAGGUUACCCGACACUAUACUUCAAAACUUCAAGUGGUAAAGUGGUGCCGUAUGAAGGAAAUAGGACAAAGGAGGAUAUCAUCGAGUUCAUUAAAAAGAACCGUGAUGGCGCGGAUGAGACCAUUCAAGCAACCACAGGCACAGCCACAACCGAAUCAAGCAAAGACGAACUAUGAAGAGUUUUUAUUUGAUGUACUGCUUUGAACCCUACUAGACCUUUUUAAGUUAAAAUUUUGGAUUUUGUUGUAUGGUACAAACAACCACUACCCCUAACCACAAUAAUGCACCAGUUGCCACCACCACCACCACCAGUCACUUUUGGGUAGAAUGAAGAUAAAUAAAUUAUUUAGUAACAAAA